CGCGGAUACAUUUUCCCGUCAUGACAAGAUUAUAUCCUGGAUAAACUAAUAGAAUGAGGGGUAACGCCCACAGGCCUUCAUCGUCUUGAAUUUCCUUUACAAUAUCUUUCCAGCUAUCUCAAUGUUCGGGACGCUAUCACAGGACCAUUCUACCCAGGCCUCCUACAUUGUCCAGGUCACCGAUCCUCCCUUUCAGACAGACCGCAAUGCAAGAACCCCUCAUUUGGCCUGCAUGCCCUGUCGUACCAAAAAGCUCAAGUGCUCGGGGGAAAAGACGGGCUGUCAACGAUGUCAGGUGAAGAAUUUGUCCUGCGUCUUUCCAGAUCAAUCCGCCUCGCGCUCCGCCAGGAAGCACCGCAACAAGCGUUCCGAGUCCGCUGUAUCAGAGACCUCCCAUCAUCCGACGAACAGCAGUGCCAGCGGCAGGCAAGGCUCUCCAGAAUCACGUAACCAGCAGGUACAAUCGCCUAGUCAAAUACAUGUGGGCGAAGAAGAGAUGCACGAGGAUGUAUUUCUUGACUUACCCGAUUUCUAUGAUACGGGCUUGUCCUCUACGCCGGACGCAGAGGAUAUAUCCCGGUUAGAGGCUCCCCUGGGUCUGAGCACUGGUCUACCAACCGGCUCUCUAUCAACCAACAUGGAAGACACUCUCGGUCACGGGUGUCUAUUCAACAUCAAUCAAGACCGGCACAAGCCUAACUUCCCCGGGCUGCCAGCCUGCAUUGACCUCGACACCGACAUCCUUCCUGCAUUUUCAACAUCAGGAGUAGAACGCGCCUCCAUUUCCCAUUCCAACCAGUGCCACUGCCCCAGCCAAGCCCUCGCUCUCUACGAGCGCACUCAAAUUCUGUACAACCGGCUUGACACAACACCUCGCUCGACGAUAAACAGCCUUGACGCCCGGGAUACCCUCCACCGAAGCAAGGAGAUAAUCUACCAAUGUGAGAAUCUAACGGAAUGUGCUCUGUGCCGGACACAGUCUCACAUCGCUAUGAUUCUCCUCUCCGUCAGCCACCAGUUGAUCAUCUGUCUUAAGCGCCAGUGCGCCACCACAAGCCAUCACCGGUUGACGGACUGGUAUCCUAAUGACGCUUACACAGGCCAGGGAACGGGUUUCUCUCACCGUAGUAGCCUGGAUCCCGUUACACAGAGGCCGCCGAUGCCCUUCCAUCACAGUUUGGAAUCAGAGGACUUGGAAGACGAGAUCCAGGUGCUCAAGACAUUACUAACCUUAAGAAUGCAAGCCACUGCCAAGCUUCUGGCGAAGUUACAAGAUAUCAUUGACGUUGGGGGGUGGCGCGAGCAUCGCGAGUUGCUGGACAGGGUCUCGGCGCUGCAUCAGGCUGCCGCGGCUAGUAUUCAUCGAAUGGGGAGGAGAGAGAAAUGAGGCAUCUGCGUAUCUAAAAUUGCUGCUGGUGACUGUGAUACUGCCUCGUAGAAAUUUGUCAAUUGGUGGGGCAAUUUGAAGAUACGGCGGGGAUUCCUAUCAAGUGCCCUUAUCAAUGACCGUACAGGAAAACCCCCGUCUUCCUUCUCUCGGAGGCCGUCUAAAUGAACACUAUAUGCUUAGCUCAGAAGCCUCAAUGGCAUGAAAUCCCAUAGAGUCUUAAGCGUCAGCCAACUCUUGAAUUCAUUAAAUCUUAGAGUUCCAGGACUGACUGACUCUGGAUUAUCUGGACAAAGGACAC